CUCAUAUUUCAAGAGUGUCAGCAAUCUGCUGUGCUCACACUGCUGCCUUUCAGCUAAAAGCUUUUUGUGCUGCCAGUGGAGCAGAAUGGAGGGCAAAAGAGAGAGCGGAUGGGAGUGGUUAGCGAAGAGAGGGGGAGGGGGCUUGGAGGAUAAAAAGGCCCUCUCUCACCGUUGCCAAGGCAACUUGAUGUCACGGUGACAUCACACAGUAUUAAAAGCUUUUAACCGGAUUUCUCUCCUGCCUUAGGCCCCAUUUUGAGUCCUCUUUCAGCUAGGCUAGGGGGAAGGGCAGAGGCAGGCAGGACGGCUGUGGCUGUGCAUGCUCUCUCACAUGUAUCCCUCCUUCCCUGCAGACUCAACCCAGCCCUUAUAACAGUAAAAAGACUUUCAAAUUCAAGCUCUAAAGCUCCUAUCUUUGCAAAAAAAACAAAAAAAAAACAAAAAAGAGAGAAACCCACAGCCAGCACAGGCCAUAAGAGAGACAUAGAGAGGACGAAGCCAACUCCAAAAUGGCAGUGGACGAUAGUUUCAGCUACCUGAUGCCAGGCCACAGCGAGAAACACAGGCGGGCCCCGAACUGGACCGACGGCGAAAUGAAGGCCCUCCUGUACGUGUGGGAGGAAUUCCACAACGAGCUGAAAACCAGCAAGAGGAACGCCAAGGUUUACGAGAAGAUGUCCCAGAGGUUUUUCCAGCUCACCGGAGAGCAGCGCUUCAAAGAGGAGAUCAAGAUGAAAAUCACUAACAUGUCCUUCCAGUUCAGGCGACUGAAGGCCACAGCCAACGAAUCGGGGGAGACGCCGGACUGGCCUUACUACAAGGCCAUCGAGAAGAUCCUCUCCAAGCCGCUGGAGAACGGCAGGGUGAACUCGCUGGAGUUUCAGGCCUCGGCCGCCGGUCCCUCCACUUCGUCCCAGUCCACAGACAACCCCUUGUCCCAGUCGGAGGAGGGCGUGAUUGGAUUCCUGCCAGAGUACACUGGCUCCUCAGAUGAGAUGGAGAUAAAACAAGAGCUGGACUCUUUGAGUUCAGACAGCGAGCACAUGCUGGGCUCCAGAUGUUCCUCUCCGCUCCUCAGCUCCCACCCCGUCUCAGCCAGGAAGAGACGUGCCAAAAAGUACCUGUCCCUGAAGAGGAAGAAGCUGCAGGUCAUGCAGGCCAUGCUCCAGCAGCACAAGAAGUCCAGCCAGGCGAUAGAGGAGACGUGCAGGGAGCUCCGCCGAUCCAUGCACCAACAGAACCUCCUGCAGGUCCAGUGUCUGCAGCUGCAGGAGAGGAUGAUGAACCUCCUGGAGAAAAUGAUACAGCUCCCCAGCUCAGCAUCAGCGGUUUGGAGUCAGAGUGGGGCAAAAGAUCCAGGGAAACCGUGAAGGGCGGGAAAAAUCAUGGCAUCUUCCAACGCUCAUAGGAAAAGCAGGUUCUUUCAUUUUGCGUCUCAACUGCAUUAUUACAUACAAAAUAGACAAAAACUGUUAUCACACCACAGAUAAGGACUACCAAAAAAUAUACUUUCACCAACUCUGUGGGGGUGCCUGAAAACAAUAAUUAAAAGAACUAAAAGGACAUUGUUUAAAUUUUAGUAUCCACUGUAUGUUGGGUAACAAUGUAGUCUUUUUUUAGCUUAGAACUAGUUGUGUAAAAUAUUUCUCAAUUACAUGCCAAGUAUCCAAUUAAAAUAACUACAAACAGUC